AGCGUGGCGGCGCGUGCGCAGCAGGGCCGCAGUGCGGAGGGAUACAGGGCGGCGGAGGCCUGGUUCGUCGCUCGCUGCUUCGGUUCGCUGGCGAUGUCACUGAAGUACGAGGCGGUGAAGAGGUCGGAAGGAUCGUCGACCGACGAGCGGCAGGAAAUGGAGGACACAGUCAUCAGUCCUGAAAAGGCUGAAGAGGCCAAGUUGAAGUUAAAGUAUCCGAAGUUAGGACAGAAACCUGGUGGAUCGGAAUUUUUGAGGAAGCGACUACAGAAAGAUCCGAAGUAUUUCGAUUCAGGAGAUUAUAAUAUGGCUAAAGCUAAAAUCAAGAACAAGCAGCUGCCAAACAGUGGAGCAGACAAGAACCAAGUGACAGGCGAACACAUUCCUACUCCGCAAGAUCUGCCUCAGAGAAAACCUUCACUUGUUGCUAGCAAACUGGCUGUCUGAUAACCUUGAAGAAUGCAUAAAACUUGUCAUUCCUCUUUCUUGCUAUUAAUUCCUGUGUUAGCUUUUUUCUUGUACCAUUACAUCAAUACGUCUGACAGCUUGGGCAGAUAACUACAACACUGUUGUUGCUGCAAGAAAGAUCAGUAAACACAGAACAAUGAGAUUUCAGAUACUAAACCAUGCACUGAUGGCAAGGACAUUGAUGUUAUAAGUAGGAAGUAGUGGACUACAAUACUGAGGCACAAAUAUAACUUCAUGUAGAAGUAUUGACAUUUUGUUUUUACUGUUUCAAGAUCAUUAGUACUACUGUAAAAUUCUAGAUUGGGUAAGUCUGAUUUGUUUUUCUUAACCGUUUCCCUGUUUAUUACUAACUUCAGUGUUGCAAGUGACAGUCCUUGGUGGAUGUUAACACAAUUGCACAAAACAUAUUUUAAAAAAAUUGCAACCCAGUUUUCAUUGGCCCUUCAGAAAUGUUAAAUGUAUUAAAAUAUUUGUUAAUUGGACAAUAUUUGUCCAUACUGCUAUACCCUUCCUGGAUGUAUUUCAAUCUACAACUUGUGCCUCUUGUAGUUCUGAAUGGUAUCCCUAAAGAUUAGUAGGUUAGGGCGGCUAUAUAUUCAAGGUGAUUGAAAUGUGCAUGAGCAUAAACUGUGCAGUCACUUUGUGCCAUUUUUUUGUAAAUAAAAUAGUUUUGCACUA